GCUCCCUUUUGACCAAACGAGGGAAAGUUCAAAUCAAACACCACGACCUUUUUCACAAAGCAGCGAUAUAAGAUCUGAUCAAAUGCAUCAAGCACUGUCUUUAUUAGAUAGAUGGAUCCAGGAAAACAACGAGUUGGUAAACAAGUGGAAGCAGCAAGAAGCAGGAGGCGAUGCGUCGACCCGAGACAAGAACCAGAACCACACCCGUCUGAUAUGGUGUUCCUCUGAGUUUCACAAACUUUUAAUCAAAAUCCAAGGUAUCCCUCCUAUUGCAGAUCACACACGGGUGGAGCUGACAGUGGUGUACAAUGCCUGUGUGUGCUCCAUUGCUCGGUCUCAGUUCUCAGAAGCUGAGCUGCUCCUCACACAAGCCACAGAGAGACUUCUACAGAUGAAAGGAGAUGGCUCUGUUGCUUCAGACCCUUCGGAGUUUUGGAGAACAGCUCUCAAAUCACUGGGAAACACAGCUUUGAAUGCCUGUGUAAUGAACCUUCUCUGUCUGCAGUGGGCAAUAUGGCUGGCUACAUGCCAGCUGAAAACUAUACAGGGAUUUCAAGAUGAGCUGUUCUCUGUGUUUGAGGCACUUGGAGUUUGGGGUGCGGAGUCGAGCGUGCCAAGGAGCGAGUCUUCUGACGUUCUUCUACUGGUGAUGGACCAAAGAAGGCUUAUUGAAUUAUUGAAGAUCUGUACCUUCAUUGCCCAAGGUGCAGAAAGAUUGAGUGAGGGCCAGAGUUCAGAAGCGCUGCCUGGUCUGCAGACAGCUUCCUCCCUGCCUGCUCCCAGAACCCUGAUCGCAUACACACACCUCCUCUCAGGCUCCUGCCUUGCCCAUAUGAGCCGCCCUCAGAUGGCCUUGCAGUGUUACAGGAUGGCACUGGAGACAGACCCCCGGUGUGUGUGUGCUUUGUACCGGAGCAUGCUUAUUUACCGCCAGCUUGGCAACACACAGGCUGAGAUACAAGCUCUUCGUUUGCUCCACUCUACUUUAAUGUUGCCCUCUACCACAGAGUCUGCUCUGGCUGCUACUCAUCUCCUCCCUCCGUCCUUACUGCUGCGCAGCCAAUCACUGAGCAGCCUGCUCUUAGUUCCCUCUGCCCUCUCCGUCCUUCACAGUCUUGCCCUGAAGUGUGUGCUCCAUGAGAGAGUGUCUGAGGGUGUGGAACAUUAUUUGGACCUGCUGGCUACACUUCACUCAGAAGAUCAACAUGGAGUCCAUGCUGAGGGUUCUCCCCUUCCCAAGUUGCCUGAGCUCUACCUGCAGGCUGGUGCUGCCUUGCUCAUGGCCCGACGGGCCGCUGAUUGCAUGGCGCUGUGCGAUGAAGUCAUCACUACGGCACUGGAGCUGCUGCCUGAGAAAGUAGUGUUGGAAGAGCAGCCGGAGGAGAAGUGUGAGGCUGAGACCAGGGCUCUGUGUGCUGAGGGUGGAGAUAGGGUGGGGAUGCUGCUCUGGGUGGGUGCUGCCUACCUCCUCCAGGGUCACUGCCACACUCACCUGAGGGACUGGAAACAAGCUGUGACUCACUACACAAGGUGUUUCAACCUGCUGGUGAAGGUGCAUUUUAAAAAGAGAGGUUGCCAACCACAGAUUCCCAGUACAGACAUGGUGGGAAUGCAGGGAACAGAUCUGUGUAUCCUCCAGAGGUUAAAGGGGCUUUCACUAGCUGGAAGGGGCAUCAGCUUAACCCAGACAGACCAACUGAGAGAGGCACUGAGAGACCUGCAGCUCAGCAUGCAGGCAUUCCCAGAGUGCACAGGUGCAGGGCUGUGGUGUGGUGAGGUGCUGUGGAGGCUUGGCAGGAGACGGGAGGCGGUAGCUUGUUGGGAAAAGACCUGGAACUUCACCCCACAAUCCUCAGUACAGAGUCUAUCGGUGUACCUACAGGAACCUCAGUCUGGCCCUUUGUUGGACUCCACAGAGCUGCGCCGCAGAAUACAGGACGUUGGUUCUACCGUGUCAGUCUAGAGAGACAAAAGAAGAAUACCCUAACGCUUACUGAACAGGAGCAACUGUCUCUGGCCUGUGAACUGAAAGCCAUGCACACAACCAACAUGUAUCUACUGGGACAGUGAAAUAAAGCAUCUGGAAAGGGCGUACAGUGUUUGAGACUGAGAACAAUGUGGGUGGUAAACCUAGCAGGUGGUUUAUGGAUGAAAUGAACAUUACUUGACAUACUGUAGUUUGGUCACUGAGGGUCUGGCUUGUAAAAAAUAAAUUGUGUAUUUUGGAAAGGAAA